GUGACGUAGUUACGCACAUACGUGCAACGUCACCAUCAACAAACUUCCUGCUUCCGGUUAAGGUUUCGAGGCCUGAAGAUGCGGUUCGGGUUCGGGUUCGGGUCCGGGCUCCUGUUGCUCCCGCUGAUGUUCUGUUGGAUCUGCGCGUCGGAACUGACGUUCGAGCUUCCGGAUAACGCCAAGCAGUGCUUCUACGAGGACAUCACCAUCGGAACCAAGUGCACACUGGAGUUCCAGGUGGUCACGGGCGGACACUAUGACGUGGACUGCCGGCUGGAGGACCCGGACGGGACGGUCCUGUAUAAGGAGAUGAAGAAGCAGUACGACAGCUUCACCUUCACCGCCUCCAGGAACGGCACAUACAAGUUCUGCUUCAGCAACGAGUUCUCCACCUUCACACACAAGACCGUGUACUUCGACUUCCAAGUGGGCGACGAUCCCCCGCUGUUCCCCAACGAGAACCGGGUCACGGCGCUCACACAGAUGGAGUCGGCCUGCGUCUCGAUCCACGAGGCCCUGAAGUCUGUGAUCGACUACCAGACGCACUUCCGGCUGCGCGAGGCUCAGGGCCGCAGCCGGGCCGAGGACCUCAACACCCGCGUGGCCUUCUGGUCCGUGGGCGAGGCCUUCAUCCUGCUGGUGGUGAGCAUCAGUCAGGUGCUGCUGCUGCGGAGCUUCUUCUCGGACCGCAAGACCACCACCACCCGCCUGGGGUCGUAGGUCGCCCGCCUCCACAUCCAGGAGCUCUGCUGGCCGUUAAUUUAUUGUGUGUUGACUUUACACGUGACCUGUGUGAGCAUUAGCGGAUGUGAGUCGCUGUAGACCUGCUCCUCUUCCUCCUCAUCAUCAUCAUCAUCAUCAUCAUCAUAUGAGGCUUCAAGCGUUAGUUUCUAACAGCCACUAUUUGCUUUAUCUUGUAUAAAACAGGCAUCCUCGUUAAUGUUUCUUAGUCAAUGUUUUCCUUUCAGGACAUCGGUGUAAUGUGUUUUAUGUUAGCUGUUUCUUUUUUAAUAGUGGUGUAUUGAUUUGUGUUCCCUGUUUGAAUGGGCUAAUAAACGUGUGGAGGAA